AUUAGCUGUUCGACUUGAUUCUGAUCACCAUUAAGAUGUCUACCUCACAUCAUUAACAAAUGUCAAACGGUGUUGGUGACCAACAUCAUUCGGGCGUCAGACCGGGUCUGCGGUGUAGUAAUCCGCAACCGAACUCGCGUUGGCCUCCAAGGCUCCAACCGAUCGGAAGUUGGCGUAAGCGUUUGAACCCUACUUCACCAAACUAGCCUUCCGCCGCUCUAUCCAUGGCAUAAAUAGCACUGAGCAUGCAGAGCGCAAAAUAUUCGAAACCGCCAUGGCUGACGAAAAGAACUCACUCCCCAUGCCCAUGACGCCGAUCUCAGCGCCGAAGCCGACCAAGUCGACAAAGAGUCGCGUCCGAAACGCGUUACUCGCCGUCGUUACUCUGUCUUGUAUCGCGUGGCUGGUUGUCUCGCGUUCUGGCCUGUUCAACAGAUACCUCCGCGAAGCAAGCGUACAUGCAAUGAAGCUCAGCACCGGCUCUCGUAUGAACUGCCACCAGGCGGAUGUGCUCUUCCCACAGCGUCACGCCGACGUUUUGGAUACCAUCUCGGACCUGAUUGGGACUGACGAGUACCAAUCGAAGGUGUUGGAGUCCCAUGCAGAAGCCAUUCGGAUCCAGACUGAGGUUUACGAUGACAUGCGGCCAGUCGGUCUGGACGAUCGAUGGGAGGUGUUCCUGGAUCUCCACAAACAUCUUCACAGCGCGUAUCCGCUCUUGCAUGAUCAUUUGGAAAUGAAAACAGUGAACCAGUACGGACUGGUCUACACAUGGCAAGGGUCGGAUGAAUCGCUAGCCCCCAUUCUGCUCACGGCCCAUCAAGAUGUGGUUCCGGUCGACGAAGAGACAUUGGAUGAAUGGGAGCACCUUCCGUUUAGCGCGGACUAUGACGGUGAAUACGUUUGGGGCCGCGGGGCCUCUGACGACAAGAGCCGCCUCACCGCCGUUAUGAAUACGAUCGAAACCCUGGUCGAUACGGGUUUUCAUCCCUUGCGAACGAUUGUACUUUCGGUCGGUUUCGACGAACAGCUGUCUGGAGCUCAGGGAUCUGGAGCCAUCGCGACGGAACUGGAGGACACAUAUGGCGAUGACAUGCCGUUUGCGUUGAUCAUUGACGAGGGCGGGGCAUUCAGUGGCAAUGACAGAGAUGGCAUCUUUGCAUCGCCUGGUGUGGCUGAAAAGGGCUAUCUUGAUGUCGAAAUCGAAGUGACGUCCCCUGGUGGCCAUUCUUCGCGUCCUCCAGCCCACACCACCAUUGGAAUGCUGGCUGCGGCUAUCACCAAGUACGAAGAUAAUCCGUUCCCGCUCAACCUGGAUCGGGACUCGGCUCCCUACAAAAUGCUCCAGUGUCGUGCUCAGUAUUCUCCAUCCAUGCCCAGGCAAUUGAAGCAACUCAUUGAUCUCUCGCAAUUUUCUAACAUCGCACUGGCUGAAUUGGAGGAAAUCAUCUUCAGGGAAGAGACGUAUCGCCAACUGAUUGGGACAACUCAAGCCGUGGACGUCAUCCAGGGCGGUGUGAAGAGCAACUCGCUUCCCGGACAAGCCUCUGCCGUGGUCAACCAUCGGAUUUCGACCUCUAGUUCCGUGACUGAGACCAUGGAUCGCGACACCGCACUCUUGCAAGGUCUCGCUCGCAAGUUGAAUUUGAAUUUCGAUGCUUUCGGCAGGCAGAUCUCUACGGCCACCAUUCCUGCCCAAGGGACUUUGACGCUCGAAAUCGCUCGCGGAAACGCAAUGGAACCUGUCCCCCGAUCCCCUGUCAGUGGACGUGGUUCCGAGGCAUAUGAGAUUCUUGCCGGGAGUAUCAAGGCUGCUUUCAACGACUACCGUAGGCUGGACCAUCCCAACGCAGUUAUUGUUUCUCCUGGCCUCAGCACCGAGAACACCGGGAGCCGCUAUUACCGCAACCUAUCGCGCAACAUCUUCCGCUACAGUCACAAGAAUUCUGUCGGCAAUCAGCGUCCAUCGGGAGCUCACGGUGUCAAUGAAGUAAUCCGCGCGGAGAGUUUGUUUGAGAUGAUUCAAUUCUUUACCACGCUCAUCCUCAACGCGGACGAGUCAACCGAAAUCUAGUCUGUUUACCCUGUAUCAGAUAUUCAGUCACGUAAAAUCGGGAAAAUGAUGAUAAGAGACUCAGGGACGAUAAGAUAAACCAGUACGGAUCAGCGCGGAAUUCCAUGUCGAUCGAUGGGCGGCGGCGAAGGCGGCAGAACUAUAGUCAGCCGCUAUAUUCACACGACUCCAAGCAGCUAGCGCCGCAUAUCUGCAUUCGUCCCAUACCAUGGCGAGCGAGAAAUCCGCACUUCCCCUGCCCACCGGCACGGCCCCCGCGCCCAACUCGAGCUCCCGUCGCCGUAGCGCGCUCCUCGUCGCGGUCACCCUCGCGUGUGUCGCGUUCUCGUUCUUCUCGCACGCAGACACAAUCACGUCGCGUGUUUCUGCUGUCGCUGGAGAGCGCCUGGGGCUGCACCGCUACGAGGCAAGCUGCGCACAGGCGGGCGUGGUCACCCCGCAGCGCGGCGCGCCUUUGCUGGACGCCGUCGGGGACCUGCUCGCGACCGACGCGUUCCAGUCCAAGAUCAUCACUUGGCUGUCGGAGGCCGUCCAAGUCCCGACGGAGGUGUAUGAUGGUAUGCCUCCGCCUGGCCAAGACCCGCGAUGGGAGGUCUUUGGGCCUUUCCACGACUAUCUGCUGUCCGCUUUCCCACUUGUACACGAAACCUUGGCGCUAACGAAGGUCAACACCUACGGCCUGUUGUACCAGUGGGCUGGCUCGGAUUCUUCGCUUAAACCUAUCUUGUUCGCUGCCCACCAGGACGUCGUCCCUGUCGAGCCGCUUACAUACGAUGACUGGACUCACCCACCCUUCUCCGGACACUACGAUGGCAAAUACAUUUGGGGUCGCGGCAGCUCAGACGACAAGAGCGGUCUGAUCUCAAUUAUGGCCACGAUCGAGACCAUGAUAGCACAGGGUUUCAAACCAGCGCGGACCAUCGUCAUCGCCUUCGGUUUCGACGAAGAGGCGUCUGGACGACAGGGAGCCGGCGCUCUCGGUGAAGCGAUGGAAGAAAUCUACGGAAAGGAUCUGCCGUUUGCUUUCGUCGUCGACGAAGGGGGAGGAUUCGGCGGCGACGCUGAACAGGGUGUCUUUGCUAUGCCUGCUGUUGCUGAGAAGGGCUACCUGGAUGUCCAGCUGGAGCUCAACUCUCCGGGAGGCCACUCUUCCAUUCCGCCUGUUCACACCACCAUCGGUAUGCUUGCUGCAUUGAUCGUAAAAUACGAGGAGAACCCGUACCCUGCCACCUUGGAUCGCGACUCUGUGCCAUACCAGACUCUGCAAUGCAUGACUGAGUACUCCCCAAGUUACACUGAGGACUUCAAGAAGCUGGUUCGGCGCUCGCGGCAUUCCGACCGUGCCCUCAAAGAAGUGGAAGCGAUCGUUCUGGCGCAGCCGGUCCAGCGUGCGCUGAUUGGAACGACUCAAGCUGUGGAUAUCAUCCACGGUGGCGUCAAGAGCAACGCGCUUCCAGAACAGGCUGUGGCGCUUGUUAACCACCGGAUCUCGACGUCCAGCUCCGUGGGCGAGACCAUGGCACACGACACUGCUCUCUUGCAGGGCCUUGCUGAAGAGUUCAACUUGACAUACACGGCAUUCGGCAAGCUUAUCUCGGCAGCCAAUGCUCCUGCCUACGGAACCUUGACGUUGAAAGACGCCCAUGGAACUGCGCUGGAGCCGGCGCCCCGAUCACCUCUGAGCGGACCGGGUUCUGAGGCAUACCAGAUCCUCUCUGGAUCGAUCAAAGCCACUUUCAACGCGCACCGCGGUCUGGAUGACCCCAACGCCAUCAUCGUUGCCCCGGGCAUGAGCACCGGAAACACGGACACCCGGUACUACUGGAACCUUUCACACAGCAUCUUCCGAUACAACCACAACAAUGCCAUGGGCAAACGGGAGAUCCUUGGUGGAGCGCACACUGUAAAUGAAGCUGUUCUGGCAGAGUCUCUAUUUGAGAUGGUUCGCUUCUUUACUACUCUUAUCCUCAAUGCGGACGAGUCCACCGUUAUCUAGCCGCAAGUAUACAUGUACAUUCAAAAUUUGGCCUACUUGAAAACUAACUGAGGAAUCGCUGGACAUGAGCUAUGAUGAACUCUUCGUCUUGUUUAGUACCUCCUCCGCCACCCGCCAUAUGGCCCCAGAUGCUGUCAAUGACCUGCAUUUCUCCGCGCUGCAGAUCCUUCACUUCGGCGACAGAAUCUUCAGGAGGGAAAUAAGUGUCGGUUCGGGACGGCAUGACCAACGCCUUCGCUUUGAUUCGGGCAAGGGCCUGGGAUAGGUUUCCUCGGUCUGCUUCCGGGCCGAGUUUGGAGAUGUCCCCGUUCUGCCACGUGCGCAGGAUGCAGAGCAGAUCAUUAGCGUCCCAAACACCCAGUCCGCCCUCCCAGUCGACACGCAGGUACUCUUCCAGAUCGCGAUAACCGAGGGUUUCCCAGCACUUUUCGCGGAACCAAGCUUGCGAGAGGGCCCAGGCUGAGUACACCCGCGCAAAUGCACGCGUCCCACGGGUGGCCGGACUCUGAUAUUGGCCGUCGUGAAAGUCGACGGAGUUCACAAGAGCGGCUUUGGGGCCCUCGAGGAAGCAGUAGUUGUGCCAGCUUGUGCGAGCCGAGCCGGCCAACACCACGAUGCGUUCGACGAAGUCCGGAUACAUUGCCCCCAUGUAGUACGCCUGCUGGCCACCCAUGCUGAACCCGAUGUAUGCGGUCAGCUGGGUGAUCCCCAGGGCCUGGCAGAGCUGGUACUGCAGACGGAUGUUAUCCUCGUACGUUACGUGGGGGAAUCGCGCUCCGCUCAUCGCCUCCGGUGCAUUGGAGGGCGAGCUGGACUCGCCCCCGCCGAGCAACCCGCAGACGACCACGAAGUGGUCCUUGAGCGCUGCAGCGGGCUUGUCGUCGGUAGGAACAUAUAGGAAUGUCAGAGUGUUAUCCAGUUUGCCGCCGUAGCAUGUGGGAAUGAAAAUGGCUCGGGAAUCAGGAGUUCCGUACGUGCGGUAAGCGAGGGUGAAUGUAGCAUUGGAGGACGGAGCAGAUGCCUCAAGAUUGGGGUGCCCCACGUUCGUGAAAUAUCGGGUGGUCAUGGUGCAGGGAGAGAGUGCAGUCAAGAGUGCGGCGCAUCGCUGUCUCAGCUACUGGACCAGGAAGGAUAGCGAUUUCACACGUCCUAGCAGAUUGAGCGGUGACUAGAAGCCAAUUGAAGGAUGAUGACGACGUAGGUAGAGAGAGCACAUGCACACAUGAGUCCGAUAUCCCACCGGGCUACCGUCGCCCGUCGGGCUUGUCGGAUCUUGAUCAGCUAUCUUGAUCUAUCCCGCUUACCAUGCGAACCUCAGGAGGCGUCAGAAGAACACGGCAAACCCAACGCCGGAGUGCGAGAAGAGAUGACUAUGGUGUACGAGAACAAAGACAUCAGAGUAGCGAAGGCGUUCCGAUUACGAACCUGAUCGUCUGCCGCUCUCUUGAAGCAGAGGGCAUGGGAAAAGGCCAGAGAGGGCUGGAAGCGUCGGAAGAAAAAUGCUUUGACGUGCUGGAUCGAUGCUGUGCUCGUUUGACACACGCUGCCGGAAAAUACAUGUGUCGGGAUCCGGACCGUGCGUCGGUGACUCGGUGGAUACUCUCUAUCUCUCUUGUUUCUUCCACUCAUGCCCAAGAACUCUCUGUCUAUUCGACUCACAGAGAGUGCUGUGUUUCUUCGCACAGAUGAAAACAAUGCGCGCCGCCGUCGGAACCCUGCGCACGCUGCAGCACAAACCCCGACCUCUGUGCUUAGGGGCCUCUUGACGCUCUCUCUAGUCAAACCCACCAAGAUCAAGAGCAUAGACAUCCAAUUGCAAGCUCGAUCGUCGACUUCAUGGCCAGAAGGGGUCGGCGCAAGACAUGUCGACAUCCAAGAAGACCACAAACUGUUCACGCAGUCGAUUCAAUUCUUCCGCGCUGGUCCAGCGUCAAGGCGCACUGUUUCAGUUGGGCCUGGGCUUGAUACUUGGCAUAGUGACGAGUUUCCACAAGCCCAGUCGGCGAGGGACGCAACCCCAACACCCGAGGACUUCCCCCUGCCCACUCCAGCCCCUCGUCAAUUCAGUGUCGACUCGUCUUACUUCCAUCUGAACACCUCUUUCGAGCACGUUCCUGCCUACUCACCGGCAACACCACCACGUUCCAAUGGCAACACCCACGCUCGUCCGACCCCAUCCACAAGCCGUUCGAGGCUCGAGGAAGAUCCUGCCCACGCGCUUGAAGACUUUCGCAAUACUCUGAAUGCGAGCUUGACGCCGUCUCGAUCUCGAGGAGGCGAUAGAUCUCCAGGCACGAUGUCUUCAUUCUUCGACGCCGACCGUUCCUUGUCGCGGCGGCCAAGUAUAGACACCCUCGCUGAAGCUGACGAGGACGGGGCAACCACAAACGGUAGCUCAAGCCCAGUAGACCGUCGGGGGAGGCGAUCGCGUUUCAGCCUAGCGUCGGUGUCGAAUGUUCUGAAGGAAGCCGUGCGGUCGAGAUCGCCCCGGACGCAUGCUUCGAAAGAGCGCGAAGAGUCCAACCGGCGCGGGCGGCCGCGCGAAAAACUGGAGCGCUGGGAACCCACCCGAGACGCGAUCCUGCCCGUCAAGGAAGAGCCAAAGGACAAAGAUCAUGGCGAAAGCUGGAAAGAAUUCAAGAAAGGCACAUAUUCUUUUCCGAUAUCCUUCACUAUUCCUUCAACGGCGCCACCCACCAUCCAAUGCGACUAUGGGAAUGUCACAUGGCGCUUGAAGGCCAAUGUGCAUCGUCCGGGCGCUUUCACGACCAAGUUGCAAGCAGCACGUGAAGUCCUCGUGAUAGCUGCACCAGUCGAAGACGAGACCGAAGACACGGAAACUGUCGUUGUCGAAAGAUUCUGGGAACAGCAAAUGCAAUAUGUCGUUUCAAUCAAUGGAAGAAGUUUUCCAGUUGGAGGCAAAAUCCCCAUUUCGUUGAACUUUAUGCCUCUGGACAAGAUUAAAAUCCAUCGAAUCACUAUCAUGUUGGAAGGCGCGUACUUGACCCUGCUCACCUUUCUGUGUACCCAACCGUCAAUAGAAAAGGUCGAGUACCAGUCACAGGUGAAGAAGAUCAUACGGACCGAUCCACCGGCUCGUUUCGUACUGCUCCUCGUUAAAAACAACGAUGGUGGACCUAUUCUGCCCCUGUCUUCCAACUCUGGUGAUGCCUUGGAGCACUCGCCGCUGGUCGCAAUGAUGGACGCGGAAGAAGAUUUGUCCGAGUUGGCUUCGUCCUGGAUGGGGCCUGGCCCAUGGCAGUUCAACCGCGACCUGUCAUUGCCGGCAUCCUGUGCAUCAGUCCACUUCACGAACAAGAACAAAAGCGCCAAUAUCUGUGUCACCCAUAUGCUCAAGUUCAUGUUCCGAGUCGAACGUGGGGAUUCCGAGAUCGCCCUAGAUCCGAAAACAGGCAACCCGAAGUUGUUUGACAUCGUUGUCCAGACCCCAGUGCACAUCCUUUCGUGUCGAUGCAACCCGGAAUGGAUGUCGCUGCCUCAGUAUUCGUCCUCGUUCGAAGACCCCGCCGACGAGUUGCCGCCAUGUCCGUGUAAAGAGAGGCGCACGAAUCUCCGACGUGUCCACUCGACCGAUUCUUCCAGUUCGCAUGGAGAUCGGGCCCACGCAAGACAAUCUCUUCUCGCUCAGAAUACGCUUUUCGAGCGGCUCGUAUCUGGGCUGGAAAGCGAGGCAGGCGAAGCUCCCCCAGCCUACGCUUGAAGUGCAUUAUAGACUGUUUUUGAACUUUUGAUUAGCGGUACAGCAGAGAUGGGGUAGACAACUGGUUAUUAUAGGGUAAAAUGGCUUGCUUAAUCCUCGCUAUAGCACAAUAAGAUAAUGGACUUUUGAACGUUCGCAA